UCAAACUGCACCACAACAAAGUUCAGCCCAGUUCGUUGUGCGUGUGUUCGGCGUCACACGGAAAUGAAAUGAUAAAGUGUUCGUGUUAGAAUAUUUAAAAAACAGAAACACAGCAUGAGUUCGGCGGCGGCUCGGUGUGACGUCAACGAGGACAGCUGCAGCUAACGUCCUCCGGAGCCAUGACAUUGACUCUUGUCCGAUAACAGCCUAAAGGAAACCUGAGACAGUUCUACAGUGAGAUGAAGUGUCUCCUGCCUCGCUUCACCAACACCAGCUGCUCCAUGAGGAGUUCCAGGAGAGACUGAAGGGCGACAUGGGCUCUCUCGCUGUUUGUCUGUCCCGGGGCCAUCGCCUCCUCCCUCUCUCCGCUCACCUGAGUCGACUCGUCCAGGGAGGUAAACAGGCUUCACGCCCUGGGAGCUCCGGCUGCUCUCAGAUCAGCUGUCACCGAGCAGGGAGCUCUCUCCACCUCAGACCUGCUCCAUCACCUCUGCGGCUCCACAGCAAUGGACCGACCCUGUGUCUCCAGGUUCGCCCCAGACCCCCGUCCCCCCUGCAGCCGGGUCCUGUCCCCAGCUGGGGGGGACAGCAGCUCCACACCUCAGCCCCCCGCAGAGCCCUUCCUGCUCCUCUCCUGUGGCUGGUGCUCAAACCUCUGCAGAAGAUCCUGGCUAUCAUACUGGGCAGGAGCAUAAGGAAGUGGUGGGUUUCUCUUCCCUCCAACCGUCGGCAGCUCCUGCACGAAUGGGUCCGGAGGCGUCGUUGGCAUCUGGCAGGAGGGGCGGGUGUUGCCAUGGUGAUUGCGGCUCUACUCCUACUGACUCACCUGGAUGAGUCUCCUGUGACGGGACGGACCCGCCUCCUGGUGUUCAGCAGAGAGAACUACAUGGAGCUGGCUGCUCUGACUUCAGAGGCUUACAUGGAGGAGUUUGCAGACUUGCUCCUUCCAGUCACUGACCCCCGUCACAAGGUGGUGGAGCGGGUGGUGCAGCAUCUGGCACAAAGGAACAAGGACAUCCCUGAAGUGUCUGAUGUCACCUGGACCGUCCACAUAGUGCAAAGUCCAAAUGUCAACGCUUUUGUCCUUCCAAACGGGAAGGUGUUCAUGUUCACGGGGAUGCUGGACACUGUGGUGGAUGUUCACCAGCUCACCAUCGUCCUGGGACACGAGAUGGCUCAUGCAUUACUGGGACACUCUGCAGAACAGGCCAGUCUGUCUCAUGUCGUGGACCUCCUGUCUCUUAUUCUGCUGACAGCCAUAUGGGCUGUUUGUCCUCGAGACAGCCUGGCACUGCUGGGACAGUGGGUGCAGGACAAGCUUACUCAGCUGAUGUUCAGUCGUCCCUACAGUCGCAAGCUGGAGGCCGAGGCCGACAAAGUGGGAUUACAGUUGGCUGCUAAGGCAUGUGCAGAUGUGCGGGCAGGACCUGUUUUCUGGCAGCAAAUGGAAAUCAGAGACCAGCUGACAGGAGAGCCCACCUUCCCGGAGUGGCUGUCCACACACCCGUCGCACAGGAACAGAUUCACUCUGAUGGACAGCCUCAUACCAGAGGCUCUGGAGUUGAGGGAAAGUUGUGUCUGCCCUGCUCUUCCUGAAUCGGACCCCCGUGUCGUCUUCGCCAAGAGCGUCCAGGUGUUGCUGAAAAACGCUAAGGAUCGAGAAAGAGGACCAGAGGGGGCAAGCAAGACCCACCUGCCUCACAGCCCUGCCUCUCUCUCUCCUGCACUGCCUGCUGCUCUGCUUCCCCAAACUGCACCUCUCCCUUCCCCAAGUGUGGGUCAACAGAGCAAAGGUCCUGUCCCAGCUGUAGCUUCAGAGAUAGUAGCAGCCCCUGUCCCUGCUCAGGACAGAACACAGGACGGGUUGCAGAUCAGCUGACAGGGAAGUUAAAUCUUCACUCUGGUUUUUCACUGACCGGACUGGACUGUUUACUGCUGCUAACUGAUAUUUCCUUAAUUUUAAUUUAAGGGGUUUCUGGUGAGACCCCUACUGGUCAAUCAGGGUAUCAGUGCAAUAGAGGGUAGAGCUGGGGUUGAUAAUGUGAAAAGAAGUAGACAGGGGUCUUUCUAGUUUCAGAGAAAAUCUUUGGAAAAUGUUGCCAUGAAUAAAAAGAUUGAAAAUCA